UCUCUUCGUCAUUUCCUUUUCUCUUUCUUUCCCUUCGUUUGUUCCGCUGCGCCACCGGCCUUUUCUUCCUUCCUACCCAACCCAUCCAUAUUCCUUUAUUUCCUGACACAAAUAACGAUAAAGAUAAUUGACUCACCCUCCGCCACAAUGACUCAACCCAACCCUUACAUCAUGGCCGCCGACAACCCCACCGGGGUUCUCGCUCUCCUACAAUCCAACCCCUCCAUCGCAGCCGGUCAAGACGAGCACGGCUACUCGCUCCUUCACGCGGCAGCCUCAUACGGACACCUCGAUCUGCUGCGGGCCCUGGUGAACGAAUACAAGGUGGAUGUGAACCUGCUCGACGAGGACGGCGAGACCUGCCUGUUCGUGGUGGAGAACGUCGACAUGGCCAAAUGUCUCGUGGAAGAGCUCAAAGUGGACUACAACCGCAAGAACGACGAGGGCUUCACGGCACUGGACAACAUUGAAACCGAAGACGCCUUCCCCGAAGUCGCCGCAUAUCUGCGACAGGUGAUGGGACUCCCUACGCCCGCCGAGAACCCGGCGGAUGUCCUCAACCCGGCUCCGCCUCUGCCGGCGAACCUGCAGGUGAACCUGGGGACGAUGUCGGAGCAGGAAGUCAACGCGGGCGCAGACCAGGUGGAUCCGGAAUUCAAGCGCCGAAUUGACGAGCUGGCGUCGCGGGAGGACUUCCAGAGCGAGGCGACGCAGAAUGAAUUGCGCGAAUUGGUCCAGGAUGCUCUGCGCGGGAAUAUCGAUUCUCAGGACCGGGAAGUGCGGCGCCGGGUGGACUAGAGGGAGGGUCUUAGACUGGGAAGUACAAGUAUAUAACCUAUACAUUGGGCGUUUCAAAGGCCUCAUCUCAUGUCCCUACGGCAGUGCGGUCCUUGCUAUGAUCCGGCCGAAGAUGUCCGGGCUGAUUGCAGGAUGACCACGUCCUGAAUACUGGGAGAUGGAUAGAUCUUGGAAUAUAGACCAGGUCCCGGAGAAAAGCUAGGGGAGAUCACCUCGAUUGUAAACCCUUGUGCAGGUGACUCCGGGCCAUGGGAUUGGGGUAUUUACAAGGCUACAGGCAGAUAGUUAUCCCCACGGUUGAUCAUGACAUAAUGAAGGCAUCAAGAGUAAUGGAUAAAUUGGGUCUGAUGAUAUAAGUCUGCAAGAAAAGUGCCCGUUUGCAUGUCCUUUACUGAGC